GUGCUCUCAGAAAUGGAAGAGUUCAGGAACUUGGACAGUGACAUCGAGGGCUCUGCAAAGCGAUGGAAAAAGUUUGUGGAGUCCGAGGUGCCGGAGAAGGAGGUGUUCCCCAAGGAGUGGAAGAACAAGUCGGCCCUGCAGAAGCUGUGCAUGCUGCGGUGCAUGCGGCCAGACAGGAUGACCUACGCCAUCAGGAACUUUGUGGAAGAGAAGAUGGGGAGCAAGUUUGUGGAAGGAAGGAGCGUAGAGCUCUUCAAGGCGUACAAGGAGAGCAGCCCCUCUACGCCCUUGUUCUUCAUUCUCUCCCCUGGCGUCGACCCCCUGAAAGACGUGGAGGCCCUGGGCAGAAAGCUGGACUUCACCAUCGACAACGGGAGGAUCCACAACGUGUCGCUGGGGCAGGGCCAGGAGGCCGUGGCAGAACGGGCCCUGGAGCUGGCGGCCACACAGGGGCACUGGGUCAUCCUGCAGAACAUCCACCUGGUGGCCCGGUGGCUGCGCACGCUGGAGAAGAUGGUGGAGCAGUACAGCCUGGGCAGUCACGCUGACUACCGGGUGUUCAUGAGUGCCGAGCCAGCCCUCAGCCCCGAGGCACACAUCAUCCCGCAGGGACUGCUGGAAAACGCCAUCAAAAUCACCAACGAGCCGCCGACGGGCAUGUACGCCAACCUGCACAAAGCCCUCGACCUCUUCACCCAGGACACGUUAGAGAUGUGCAGCAAAGAAAUCGAGUUCAAAUGUGUCUUGUUUGCGCUCUGUUACUUCCAUGCGGUAGUGGCGGAGCGGCGCAAGUUCGGCGCUCAGGGCUGGAACAGAUCUUACCCCUUCAACAACGGUGACCUGACCAUAUCGAUUAACGUCCUGUACAACUACCUGGAGGCUAACCCCAAGGUGCCAUGGGAUGAUCUCCGGUACCUCUUUGGUGAAAUCAUGUACGGGGGGCACAUCACAGACGACUGGGACCGCCGGCUGUGUCGGACUUACCUGAGCGAAUACAUCCGUAUGGAGAUGCUGGACAGGGAAGUGUACUUAGCUCCAGGGUUUUUGAUCCCUCCCAGCUUGGAUUACAAGGGUUACCACGAGUACAUCGACGACAACCUGCCGCCGGAGAGUCCCUACUUGUACGGCCUUCACCCCAAUGCAGAAAUUGGCUUCCUGACUGUCACUUCAGACAGGCUUUUUCGGACAGUGUUAGAAAUGCAGCCCAAAGAAUCAGAUGCUGGAGGAGGCUCAGUUGUCUCCCGAGAGGAAAAGGUGAAGUCAGUCCUAGAUGAGAUUAUCGAAAGGCUGCCAGAGCCAUUCAAUAUGGCAGAGAUCAUGGCGAAAGCGGUGGACAAGACCCCCUAUGUUGUAGUUGCCUUCCAGGAAUGUGAAAGAAUUAACAUCUUGACCCAAGAAAUCAGGCGCUCUUUGAAAGAAUUAGACUUGGGACUAAAGGGAGAGCUAACGAUUACAUCAGAUAUGGAAGAGAUGGCAAAUGCUCUCUUCUAUGACAACGUUCCUGAAUCCUGGACACGUUAUGCCUAUCCCUCUCUCCUUAGCUUAGGAGCCUGGUAUGCAGACCUGCUCCUUCGGAUUAGGGAACUGGAAGUCUGGACAACGGACUUUGUGCUGCCUGCAACAGUGUGGUUGGCAGGAUUUUUCAAUCCCCAGUCCUUCCUCACUGCUAUCAUGCAGUCCACGGCCAGAAAAAACGAAUGGCCACUGGACAAGAUGUGUCUUUCAGUGGAAGUGACCAAGAAAAACCGUGAGGAUAUAACAGCUCCACCCAGAGAAGGCUCCUAUGUGCAUGGAUUAUUCAUGGAAGGCGCUCGAUGGGACAUCCCUUCUGGUGUGAUCGCAGACGCUCGACUGAAGGAGCUGAUGCCCAUGAUGCCAGUCAUCUUCAUCAGAGCCAUCCCUGUGGAGCGCAUGGACACCAAGAACGUCUAUGAAUGUCCUCUCUAUAAGACACGGAUGCGAGGUCCCACCUACGUCUGGACCUUUAACCUAAAGACAAAAGAAAAAGCUGCUAAGUGGAUCCUUGCUGCUGUUGCUCUGCUCUUACAGAUCUAAACUUUGACUACGGAAACAGCAAAUGCUUUUACCUGCAAAA